AUGGCAACUCAAAUAAUCAGCUGCCAUAGAAAUGACUCAAAUAACCAAGCAAUCGAUACCCACGCACACGUCUUUGACCCAAGCUUGGGCCCAUAUGCCUCCGGAAGAGCAUACACGCCCGAGGAUGCACCGCUUGAGGAACUGAUAGCGUUCAAUCAAAAAUUAUCAACAGACUCUGAGAUAGGCACAUUGGUUCUAGUUCAACCAUCCCCUUACGAGAAUGACUGUUCAGUCAUGAUGCAAUCCCUUCGGCGACUGAAAGAUGAAGAUACCUGCGCUUUUGGUAUUGUUGUGCUGGACCUUGACAAAACUACCGACACAGAACUGGAAACUAUGCAUUAUCUUGGUGUGCGGGGUGUUCGGCUGAACCUACAGGCGGAUGGGAAAGAAGUUAAUAUCGACAAAUUGGUGCUCGCUCUGCAAAAGACUUCCGAUCGAAUUUGUCACUUGCCUGGCUGGAUCAUUCAACUAUUUGUCCCAGGAUGGUCGUGGGAUCUUCUCUAUCAACCUAUCCUUGGUCUCCCAGUCCCGGUGAUUGCAGACCACCUUGGUGGCAUGCUUGGCCCAUCCAAGUUGCCCUCUUCUUUGCAUUCAUCUUCGACAUCACAACCCGGUUUCGAAUCGCUGCUAUCGCUCGCAAAACAGUCCUGCGUAUAUGUGAAGAUCUCGGGGCUAUACCGCAUGUCCAAUGAGCUCUCGUCGAACUUCAGGGACCUGGAACCCAUCGUUCGGACGUUUGCCCGGGAAAUUCCAGAUCAAGUCAUUUGGGGAAGCGAUUGGCCACACACCGGGGAUGGAAAGAACAGAUCAAAGGACAAAUUGAAAUGUAAAGAGACAUUCAGGGUUAUUGAUAAUUAUGCUAUUAUGGAGCAAUUGCAGACUUGGAUGGGCGGUGAUGUGUAUAGAAAAAUGUUGGUGGACAAUCCGGGUCGCCUGUAUACCUAG